AUGUCCGAAGCCAUCGUUGAGCAGCAACAUAACCUGCUAGGGCAAGCAGAGCAGAUUGCUCUCGACUUUGACCUUAGUUCUGAGCAUGUCCGACGAGUGACGAGACAUUUCGUCCGCCAGCUGAGGGACGGCCUUGCCAAUCAUCGCGUCUGGCAGCUACCAACCUAUGUAAGAAGCGUGCCGACAGGAAAGGAAAAAGGCCGGGUCCUCGCUGUUGAUCUCGGCGGUAGCAAUUGCAGGAUAUGCCUUGUCGACUUGCAUGGCGACUCUACCUUUACCGUGACGCAGAGCAAGCACAGCGUCCCGCCGGAUGUCAUGAUCAACAGCAGCUAUCGACCUCUCUUUAAAUUUAUAGCGCAGAGGAUAGAGAAAUUCCUCGAUUCGCAUCUGGAACCUGCUAGCCAGUCACCGUACAGGCUGGGUUUCACGUUCAGCUUCACCUGCGAGCAGACGUCCCUCGCUGGCGGGCGUCUCAUACACUGGGACAAAGGCUGGGAUAUCCCCGACGCCCUUGGCCGGGAUCCCUGCGUCAUGUUGCAAGAGGCCAUCGACGAACUGGGGUUGCCGGUUGUGGUGACCGUUCUGGCCAACGAUAGUGUUGGCACGCUUUUAACAAGAGCGUAUAGCUCGGGUCCGCAGGCUUCAACACUCGGUGCGGUCAUCUUCGGGACGGGGACCAACGCCGCAUACGUCGAGAAGCUGGCCAAUGUGCAUCGACUGGGUGUCAAGGCAAGCGCGGACGACAUCAUGGUGAUGAACACGGAAUGGGGCUGUCUCGACGACAACAUGGAAGUCUUACCGCGGACAUCAUUCGACGACGCCCUCGACGCAGCGUCGGUCGAUCCGGGCACGCAGAUGUUUGAAAAGAGGGUUUCCGGCCUGUACCUCGGGGAGCUACUCCGGCUAAUGAUUGUCCAACUGCUGCAGGCGGAUGCGUUUGACAUGAAGGUCGGCAGGACCUCGAAGGUCUUUCAGCCCAGUGGCAUCGACUGUCCCUUUCUCUCCGGGCUUGCCUUGAUCGACCGGGACGACGUCGACAGCGCUAAAAGUUUCAUCCAGGACACACUGGCCGCGGAAAGUGUCAGCCAAGUCGAUGUGCAGGCCAUACGACUACUGGCCUCGUCCAUUGCCCGACGAGCAGCACGUCUAGCAGGCGCAUCACUAGCAGCCAUCAUCAUCCAAAGCGGGCGCCUCGGAAUUCCCAAUAAGCGCUCAAGACAGACGACCUCUGUCUCCAUCGGCAGGCAGCAUAUUGUAACUCCCCGCUGGCGUCGCGUUUUGAGCUGCGUUGGAAUGAGCUCGCUAGCCAGUAAACCACUACCACGGCAUACAGUCACCCAGACCUGUCUGGACGAGGACAUCAUCGACAUCGGGGCUGACGGCUCGCUGAUCGAAUUCUACCCGGGCUUUGAGGUCGAGCUGCGUGGCGCAAUGCGGGAUGUACCCGAAAUUGGAGAGGCUGGUGAGCGAAGGAUCCGCAUAGGCCUUGCAAAGGAUGGGUCCGGUGUUGGUGCUGCCCUGAUGGCACACGCAGCGAGUCAGAGUGAGUAG